UAGUACUGUCACCUUUGUGCAAAAUUUAAUUCGAGAUGUCAUCAUCCCAUUCGCACCUCGCAAACUUUGCGAAAAUUUAAGCUGAAAACCAUCAAGCUGCAAAAUUCUAGUGAUAUUUAUCAACCUUUCAUGAAUUCAACACCAUGAAACGAUCGAGUUCGACCAAACCAGUCAAAAAACGCUUAAGCAGCACAUCUUCCAUUAGCAAACGUAAACUGAAACGUAAAUCGUCAACAUUAUCAAAAGCAUCAAAUUUAACGGUGAAGACACCGAUUUAUUCCAUACCUGAAUACCGCCUGCAAAAACCAGCAUGAAGAAAAAACUGUUGAGAUUCCCAGUCCACGAGCAACGAAAAACCUGGCAAAUAUACUGGACACUCUGAAAUCUGAAUAUGAUAAAAUAGAAUCAUCGAAACAACAUGCAAAAGUAACAAGUAAGCAAUCCGAUGUUACCACGACCAGUGCAAUGGCACCAGUGAACAAUUGGGCAGAGCGCUCCCAAUCUGUGCGUGCAAAACUCGAUGAAAUCAUGAAUAAACACUCGAAAACAUUAAGAAAUCUCACGGAUAUCUACAAUCCAAAACGAACAAUAACCUCUCCCGGACCAACAUCAUAUGAAAAUAGUAGUGAUUCAGCAGGAACCACAAAAUGGCCGUCGAUGACUACAGCAUCACGAUUGAAAGCAAAUGUUACAUUGGUGGAGAAACUCAGACCAUCGAAAAUAGUCAUCAAACGACCAACAUCAUCACAUACCAGAUAUAACUCGGCGGCCAUCUUGAAUGUGAAUGGCGCUACAUCCUCAUACGCACCAACAAGUAUUACCGCCAAUUCCAAUAUGAAAGUAUUCUCAUCCACAUAUCCACUUCGUGAGGAAAUAAAAAUCCUGCGCGAAAAAGUCGAGCAAGCCAUCAAAUACAAACGGACCUUCACGGUAUCCGGAAAUUAUUACACAAUCAGGCAAGCAUUGCUAUUACGAGGAUGGGUUGAAAAAUAUCACAUCAACUACGUGCCACCGAAUGUUGAAGCUUCUCUAUAUAGACGCCUGCAGACAUUAUCAGUCCCUGAAUUAUCUCUAGGAUUAAAAGAUAAAGACUUAUCACAAAUUUACAGGAAUUUGAUUAUGUCCAAGAUGAUUGGUGCGUUACCGGUUGCGUUCUAUUGGGAUUUGAACCGGGAUACCUAUCGGAAUAACUUGGAGAAUCUUAAAGAUUCUUUGAUCAACUUUAUCAAUAAAAAUCGGUUCAACUAUGCGAAUAAACAAGGCCUAUGCGAGAGUGCAAAAAUAUCCUAUUGGUAUAAUAAUCCUGGUGUGUCUUUUCUAAGAGUACCCAGGUCAUACUCAUUGAUGAAUAAUGGCGACCCGGAUGAAUUCAUUUACGAUUUUAAAAUCACCGCGGCCAUGUCGUUAUUGAAAUGGAUUGUGGUCACGCAUGAAUCGCAAGUAUCGAAGUUAAUCUCGAUCAGUGGUAAGGUGCCAUUAUCAUUCUUUCAUUUUGCAUUACGAGAAUGCGCCAACUAUGCGCGCCGAUUGAAACACGAAGAUAUUGAUAAAGAUAUUCCAUGUCCGGAUGAUAAUGAAUGGCAGACCUUUUUAGACUAUUUCUAUAAAGCUGUGCACGUUGGCAAUCACUUCAAACAAUCAGGUUUGGAAAGCGAAAUGUCAUUAGUGCACAAAUCAAGAACAAUGCUGAAGAAAUUAAAGGAUUUAUAUCCUUAUAUGGACAUGGAUGGUUUUAUGAAUAUUUGGAUACUUAAGCCUAGUUAUGGUUCACGAGGAUUAGGAAUACAUUUUUGUAGGACACUGCCGUAUGUGCUUAAAGUGAUAAAAGAAAAUAAAACGAAUAAUUACGUGAUACAGAAGUAUAUUGAGCGCCCUCUACUGAUCUAUAACACUAAAUUUGAUAUACGACAAUGGUUUAUGAUCAGUUCAACGCAACCGAUUACUAUUUGGAUUUAUCGAGAGUGUUAUUUACGAUUUAGUUCGCAGACGUAUAAUCUACGGAAGUUGCAUGAGUCUAUACACUUGACGAAUAAUUCAGUGCAAAGCAAAUAUCACAAUGGUAAUAGAGAUUUAUGCUUGCCAUCGCACAAUAUGUGGUACCUCGCUGAUUUUAAGGAUUAUUUGAAUAACAUUGGAUAUCCCAAUGUGUUUGAACAGAUUAUAUAUCCUGGUAUGAAGGAGUGCAUUGUGGCGGCCAUUUUGACUAACCAAGAUCAGAUCUCUCGCACGAAUAAGGCAUUCGAAUUGCAUGGCGCUGACUUUAUGAUCACUGAAGAUUUUACUCCGUGGUUGAUUGAGGUUAAUUCCAAACCUGCGCUUAAUCCUAGCACACCAGUCACGGCAAAGUUGUGUCCGAUGGUGUUAGAAGACGUUAUAAAAGUUGUAGUCGACAACGCUCGCAAUCCGCGCGCACCAACCGGUCACUUUGAACAAAUCUACAAGGAAAAGAUAUUGCCAGCACCACACGAAGUGCAAGGCUUGCGCCUUGAAGGUAAACCAAUCGCGGCCGAUUAUUUCCUGAAACCUGAAGAUGCAGCCAACGCAAUCGGCUGCAAACCAAGCAGAUCCAGUGAUAGUCUCAACGUGAUUACGACCGCCGACUACAUGAAGUACGUCGGCAACGAAAUGAAGAAAACUCUACGGCAACUCUUGUCUAUUAUCGAGAAAGAACGCAAUCGACGAGUGAUAAAAAAUAAAUCAAAAACAAACUCAGACGAGACCUACAAUUACUGUAAAGAUAUGCAACAGAUACAAUCCAACAUGGAGGAGAUCGAGGAGAUUUUCAAACAGGAUCUGGAUAAAGCUGAGUCGACUGAGAGUGUAGUUGCGAACAUGGCAGGCGGAAAGCGGAAACAAACUUCGUCUGGUUCAUCCGAACCAGCAACUUUGAACGUGCGCAAAGCUUCUGAUUCAACAUUGAAAAGCAGUAGCAAAGUCAUAUCGCAGGCAUUAACAACUUUAAACAUGCGCACUGAUAGUAAAGUAGUGAAUAACGUGAUGAAGAUGGUGUCAUCGAUGAAAUUUUCUGACGACCCACAAAAUAUGCCGACUGUGCAAGCACCACCCAAGCCUGCAACAACAAACCGUCGAAAUAACGCAAAAAAACCGACCAAAUUCGAACUAAUGCUGGAGCGUGCCAGAGGAAAGGGUGUAUAAAUCGGUAAGAAACAGUCUCUCCCUAUAAAAUGAAUUUUAUUGAAAAUGUUGACUCGAUAAAUACACUACUUAAGAAAA